AAACUUUUGUUAAUAAUUAUAACUCUCACUAUUUUUAUUCAGUGCUUCAGAUUCCUUUUAACUGUAAAACAUAAAUGUAAAAAAAUAAAUAAAUAAAUUAUAAAACAAAGAUGUCAUGUAAGAGCUCAGCAGAAACACAGGACAGGACCCUCCGCUUUCCACUGGUGUACCGACGGAGGCCCAGCCACAGCAAAUCGCUGGUGGCGUGCCACCCAAAAACGGUCCGACUGUAUUAAGCCACUGAAUUUGUGCCGCCCAAAAGACGCUGGCGAACUGCCAGGUCAUUGUUUGCUAGGUCCGGUAUCAUCCUCGUGACUUAUACACACAUGACAUCAAGUAAAGCAUAAAAGCAGGGCUCUUUCUGGAACUUCACAAAAUCUUCCUCUGACAUUCUGAAGGCAACAAUCUGAAAACCAAGUUUCAUCAUGGCAAUGCUGAGAAGUCUUCUGCUUCUGUUUAUUGUGUUCUCCAUGGGGAACGCAGAAGUUAAUUCAUUUAAAAAAUGCCCCUAUGGAUGGAGAAAUUUUGGAGUCAAAUGCUACAAGUUCUUCUCUCAGACGGUAAACUGGAUCACUGCAGAGAAGAGCUGCCUAAGUCUGGAUGCAAAUCUUGCGUCUGUACACAAUAAAAUAGAACAUGAUUUUCUUCUGAGUCUGUUGCCUUCUUCCACACGUUGUUGGUUUGGUGCUCACGAUGGUAACCAUGAAGGAGAGUGGUUGUGGACUGAUGGAUCUCCAUUUGACUACGCCAUCUGGAGCCCUGGACAACCUGACAAUCUGAGUAUCGAGAACUGCGGGGAGUUCAACUUCGACAAUAACCGCUGGAACGAUGCAGCCUGUUUAACCUCACUGAGUUAUGUUUGUGCCAAAUACCUGUGAGAUCACAUGCUGUCAUCCUGCUCCACUUAUUUUGAUUGUACUACAUUUACAUGUUCUGAUCUUAUCUUUACAAGUGUUAUUCUGAAAUUAAACUUUUCUUGGAUUUAAAAUAUGGUUAUUAGAAUGGCUUUAAAGGCUUUAAGUCAGGGGUCAUCACACUCGGUCCUGGAGGGCCGGUGUCCUGCAGAGUUUAGCUCCAACUUGUCUCAACACACCUGCCUUGAAGUUUCAAGUAUACCAAGCAAGACCUUGAUUAGCUGGUUCAGGUGUGUUUGAUUAGGGUUUAAAGAACCUUUUAUUUCAAAAAGGUUCUAUGUAAGAAGAAAUUAUUAAAUGAUUGCAUAAUAUAUAUACAUAUUACAUAAACAUACUGUAUUACAUCUAUAAUAAGAAUGUACCUGUUCUUUCAGUAACAUCAAAUCUUUGGUUAGUACCAUGAAAAUAUAAUCGCUCAAGAUAAAA